AUGUCUGUUAUUACAGGUCAAAUAAAUAUUGAUAACAACUUUUCAAGGGUCGCUGAUGCCAAACUAAAGUUUGUAAUCUUUAGCGACAAAGAUAACUUCUCAUGCGACGAAGUCUUCUUUUGGGACGUUCUCCCAUCAAUUGACACCAGUACUUCCUUUUCGGUCAAAGUGCCUACAAUAGCAAGAGAACGUCUUGCCGGCGUCAACGCGAUUAAGGUCACUGUCGAGUUGGAGACGCGUGUACGUCCUUCCUUUAACAACAACCUCACGGGUCUCUUGGAGUAUCAAAUCUAUAGGGCCAAGUUUAACGAGACCAUUAAUCUUCCUUUCGAGGGCAGCUCUCUUAAAAUAAUAAUUAAUAGUGAAGAGUUUAUUUUGGAUGCCUUAGAUAUUGGACGAUUUGUCGCGAAACCGAUCCUGGUUCAUACUCACUUGUCGACGUUCAAUGAAAAGAGAAAUGUUGCACAUAGUGGAUGUCCCGUUAAUCACUUUUCCGUAAUGACGAAAAAUAUGAAAGAUGGAAAUUGGUUCUUUCGAUUUGUUCUUGGCCUGAACUCAGAGCCAAUUCCUGUUACUAAGGAUGAUUUGGACAUAUUUGAUGAUCAUUUUGGCAAUAAGUUGUUCAAAUUGUGGGAUAGCAAUUUACCCAUUGAAAAAAUCUUUACCUUACGACAUCUUCUGAAUAGUACUCUCUCUGAUACGAAACAAAAAUCAUUUAUGGUUGCCGAUGGUGCACAUAUCUCCUGGUCUGAAGAAACUAAAGACAUCGAUCGACAAGUUCGUUUCGUAAUCACUUGUCAAACUAACAAAGAUCAAAAGCAACCAACCGACUUAAUCUUUAUCGUUUCUUCACCGGUUCUGGAUUCUGAUGAAUUAUUUUUGCAAGUGGCAGCUUGGAGUAAAACUCAUCGCGCCUUCAACUUUUACCAACGAAACAACAAGAAUGAAUGGUGGUGGCUUGGAAAUUCUUGGCAUGCGCUCAAAGAUCCGACUCGCGGCAAGGGACCCUUUGAUGGGCACGUCAAUGGUGCUUUAGUAAUGAAAGAACUUAACAGGCCUUGGUUACAUUGGCAUUCUCAAAUGUUCACAAUUUCUGAUUGUCUCGAUCCUAAAACUCCACUUAGGCAUGAACCUAUAUUCGAAAAUCGUUUAGAUGCAGUUGAACUUGAACAUAUCGUCAAAGACGCCGUUUCGGAAUGGAAUACUGUUCGGUUAGAUAACGCUACAGAUCCUUCUUCCCUUGAUGUUAAUAACGUCACAGAGUUUAUGCGACAGGUUAUUGACAAUACCACAUACAAUAUCAUCGCAAUCGACAAAGGGUAUUCCAUUAUCAUGUCGCAGGAUGAUUUGACAAUUCCCGCGUCGUUUUUCAUAAACAUUGACAUGAUUAACCAACUUUCUGAUUAUAUAGACCCUGAUCUUUCUCCAAUCAAAAUUAAUGCGGAUAUGUAUUUGAAAAGCAUAAAGAAGUAUGAGGUUUGUUUGAAAGUUGGUGGUAAAGUCAUCGAACAGGGUGAUGGCAUGUUCGCAUUCCCCGUUCCGGAACCUGCAUUUGAAGACACCUCUCUGCUUUCAACGCUUCUUAAUAGCAGAAGAAUGAACAAGGUUGAGGUGCCCGCAUUGUUGAGCCCAAAAUUUAUUCUAUGUUUGUUUAUGAUCGAUUUUUGUAACCCAUUAGACUCAAUGUGUCGACGUCGGUUAAUGAAAUACAUUCCUGAUACUGCACGUUACGACAACAGCACGAAAAGUUAUGAUCUUGUUGAAAAUAUCGUGAAAAAUAUUAAAAGUGGUGCUAACAAUUCCCCGAAAGAAUCCGUUGAAGCUGUCUUCCUUGGCUAUUGGGACCUAACAGAUGAAGUUUUGAAGAAAAAUUGCAAAAUGAUUAUUGAACAGUAUUUUGCUAACUUGCAGAUAAAUUUGCAAAAACAAGAUGGCGUAGAUGAUCUUAUUCGGCUUGCUGAAUCUCGUAGACGACUGUUCCGUAGCAAGCCUCUGAACGAAUUUGAUCUAACCUUACCUAUAUGUAGCAACAUCACCAGUGAUGCACUAUCGUUAGAAAUGUCUCCCCAAGGAACGGUUCGCCCUUCUCUGAAACAUACUAUCUCAGAUUUAGACAAGUUUUCGAUCACAUCCAAAAAUUCAUACAUUCUAGAAAAGUUUGAUCCACCCGCGUAUCUCGACGAUAUGAAGCCCGAUCUACUACAAGAAUGGAGUAAACUAGUGAAAGAAUGGACUCAAGGCGCCAUUAAAGGAUAUCCAGACGACUAUAUCUUUGACGGUCCACGCUUACAAUACUUCGACUCCACAUCAACAUACACAUCCGAAGAUGCAGUAGAACAAGAUAUCGUUUGGACUGCAUUCCCGAAUCAAGUUACAAAGAAUUCUGUCACGGAUAAGAAACGCUGGGAAACUGCUGAUUCAUCGCGUGAUGUUCAAGAUGAAUAUUGUGAAUGGAGUGUCUUGAGAGAUCCUAAAACUGGAAAAAUCAUCAGAGUUACAUUCACAUGCGAAGGACCCGAAUACUGGAACUUAAUCGCUGAAAAAGAUCCUGACAAAUUGGUGGAAAUGUAUAAGACGAUCAUUGGUCCAAAUGUAAAAAAGGGGGAUCUUUUUGAUUCCAAUAAUAACUAUAACCAAAGAAACAAAUGGAAUAACAAUACUAAUACUGGCAACAUCGUUCAUUUGAUCCAAAGGAACAACACUCUUGGGGCUGAAAUCGAACUCGGUGGUGGUUCCAGCGUUAUUCGCGUCAUUAACGGACGUGUCUUGACUUCGGAGCAAGAACUCAUCAGAUGUGGCAGUUACGGAAGCCCUGACAGGUUUUCUGAUCCACAUAUUGGAGCCACUAUAAACGGGUUCGCCCGCCAAGGUGCAGAUGUAACUAUCCGUAACCCCGUCGCGAUCUAUUUAAAUGUUCUCGACACUUCCGCAUUCAAUACCCCCGACAACUCAAAUCCAGAUCAAUACUGGAAAUUUGUCCGUGGUAGUGAUAGUCAUGGACUCUACGUUCGUGCGAUAUAUGAGGUUCCUGCCGAAAAAGGAUUUACCGUUGGAGAUAUCAAGAUCAAUGGAAAAUUGAUCAAAUACGGUGCGCAGAUCGCUGAUUUUCUCACAAUACGCAUUCCGGCCGUAGCCUGCCGUUUUGGCCAGAGUACUGUUCCAGCUCUCACAGGUUGCCGUAAGCCGAAGGCUAAACUUACGUUGUUAUCUGAAAGAUCAUCGAACUUCUUGAUGAGAUAA